AUGGGAGACAAAUUCGAGCUUCUGAAAGCACCUGUCAAAGCCAGCGGGGCGCGCAAAAAGUCCAAAGAGAGCAAACUGCAGCUACGCGUCAUCUUCCUAGACGACAGCGAGCGAGUUUUCGAGGUCGAGCAAAGCAUCCUGGGUAGUGAUUUCUUCAACAAGGUGUGUGGUCACCUGAAGCUGCUGGAGAAGGAAUAUUUUGGACUGGAAUUCCGACACCACAGUGGAAACUAUGUUUGGCUUGAGCUCUUAAAACCACUGGCCAAACAGAUCAAGAACCCAAAUGAUGUUGCCUUUCGCUUCAUUGUGAAAUUUUUCCCACCAGAUCCGGGACAGUUGCAAAGAAGCUUGACCAGGUAUCUGUUUGCUCUGCAGGUCAAACAGGAUCUGUCAAAUGGCAGCCUCACCUGUCAUGACAACAGCGCCGCUCUGCUGGUCUCUCAUAUACUGCAAGCAGAGUUAGGGGAUUAUGAUGAAGAACUAGACUCCCAUCAUCUAGAGAACAAGCAGUAUGUUCCCAAUCAGGAGUACCUGGACCACAAGAUCAUGCGUUUCCACAAGAAACACAGAGGACACACCCCUGCCCAAUCAGACAUGCACUUGUUGGAAGUUGCCCGAAAAUUGGACAUGUAUGGGAUCCGUCCACACCCUGCCCAUGAUGGGGAAGGCAUGAGGAUCAACCUGGCAGUUACUCACAUGGGCGUGCUUGUGUUUCAGGGAAACACUAAGAUUAACACCUUCAGCUGGGCCAAGGUUCGCAAACUGAGUUUUAAGAGGAAACAUUUCCUGAUCAAACUGCACACCAAAGUGGAGCCUUCGCAGAAGGACACAGUGGAGUUUUCCAUGGCAAGUAGGGAUGUGUGUAAAGCAUUCUGGAAGAUGUGUGUGGAAUACCACGCCUUUUUCCGACUGACAGAGGAACCAAAGGCACGCCAUAAAUCCCUGUUCUCCAGCAAAGGCUCCAGUUUCAGAUAUAGUGGCAGGACACAGAAACAGCUUCUAGAAUGUGUUGGCACUGGAGACAAGAGACAACUUCCUUAUGAGAGGACCCAUUGUAAGUCUGACUAUGACACUCGGCAUUGCAGAUCCUCCCCUGACCUUCUCACUGACGUCUCAAAACAGCUCUAUGGGCAGUCCCACCCUUUCCCCCAUGCUGGCGACCCACAACAGCGCAUAGAUGGCAUGAGCAGAACUCACCCUUCUCUGGGUGGGAAACGAAGCAAAUCAGCGGUGGAGGUUGUGUUUGCUAAUGACCCAGAGCGACCACGACCUCUGUCUCUGAAGCCUGUUCCUCUAAGCCACUCUGUCUCCCCCGAGGUCCGCUCUGCCUUCACUUCAGGAGCAGAGCAUCGCAGCAGAGCGACUCAGAAAGCCAGGACGGGGAACGUAGGCCGUGCCAGGAGACGCCUCUCCCCAAGCACUCAACAGCUAGUCCUCCUGUAUCCCAACAGCCCUCAUCUGCAGUUCCAUCCCGUGCUGCCCACCUUCCCACUCGCCACUCAUGCCUACGUUGCACAGGACCAUGGCUCCUCGUCGCUCGAGCACCUGCACGCUGCACCUCUGCAGUAUAGCCCUCAACCGUACGGCUACUCAUCCUCUCCGUCCUCUAGUUUGUCGCCCCGGAGACAGCAGAGACUCCGCCCCUCUGGACCGCGAUUGGCUGGCUCAGGGCCUUAUCCAGGAUCGGGGCCAAGAUUAGGCAGAAGGAUGGACUUGAGCAGUUUGGAGGCAGGGCACUACAGUGAUGACUCAACUUUUCAGACAGGGUUGCCACGGAGAUCUACAAGCCAACCAAAUGUGGAAUUCCAGAGGCCAACACACUCUACCUCAACUGCUGCCCAUGCCUCAGAAUACCGUCCUUUGGGUUACUAUCCUCACUUAUCACGACACCAGGUUCCUGCUAGACCCACCUACCUCCCACUCAGCACCGCUCCUCUCCCAGAACGUCCCACUUCUCUUUUUGUGCUGGGCGCAGGGAGUUUCAGUGACUCAGAUUCAGACCCGUUCUACCCUUACUACUGCCCUGCACUGGGCAAAGUGGUACACUCAGGGCCACUGGCACGCAUGCGCUUCUCCUCUGGAAGCCUGCAGCUGGAUGAGGAGGAGGGUGAGGAAGAAGAACUGGAGAACCAGAGUGAUGAAGAAAAAGCUGCUCUCACAACUGUGAAGGUGAUGAAGUUGUAG